AUGGGGAAACGCGUCAAGGCCCCAGCGAAGUCCGCCAGUGCGCCGCGCUGGAAGGGCGAGGAGGCCUAUGAGCACAUCCGCGAGAGCAAGAAUGCGAUGAGGUCACAGGUAAUCAAAGGCGGCGUCGCGCGCCUCAGCGCGGAAAACGGAGAAGACGUCACGAACGACGAUGAUACCUUGUACGUGUGGGACGAUCCGCAGUACGUGCCAGACGGCGAAGUGAUGUUCUCCGCACGGAGGGCGACGUUCGACAAGGGAUGGCCCCAUUCGAAGAAGAAGAAGUGGAACCCGAAACCAGAUGCACUCGCCAUGGCAGGCUUCUAUUUUACGCCGACCGAAGACAAGGACGACACAUGUGCGUGUGCAUACUGCCACGUCGUGCUCGGCGGGUGGGAGAGAGACGACAAUGUAUACGAUGAACAUCAGCGCAGGGCAAAGGACUGCCCCUUUUUCCACUGUGUCGUCGCAGCAGGCCUGGAAGUGUCGCCCAAGGCGGAUCGCCGCACGUCCGAGGGGCGCAAACACGAGCUCGAGAGCGACUCGGACGAAGAGUACACAGCUCCAGUGAGGAGUACGCGGAAACGCACGGCACGGGCUGCGAGUGGGCGCAGCAAGGCGGGCAGCAAUACGAAAGACGCCGACGUCGAGGCUCCUGUGCUGCCUGAGCCGGUUGCAGACGACCUGGACAAGAGCAACGACAAUGAGGAUACCGAGAACAACGGCAAAGAGGAUGCCGAGGCCAUGGAUAGAGACGAUGAUGAGUACGAGGACGAUGCAGGCGUCGAUCGUGAAGAGGCCGAGACGGGAGAAGCGGAGGACGUUGAAGUGGCCGAACCCGAGGCUGAGGUUGAGGUCGAGUCCGAGGUUGAGCCUGAACCAGAGCCUGAACCAGAGCCUGAACCCGAGCAGGAGCAGGAGCAGGAACAGGAACAGGAACAGGAACAGGAGCCUGAACCCGAACUCGAACCCGAACCCGAACCAGAGCCAGAACCAGAACCAGAAAACGAGCCCGUGCCCGCGCCCGAACCUCUACUAAAAGGCCGCGCCUCUCGGCCUUCCAAAUCUCCUGCGCCACGGGAAUCCAAGACCAAGGCGGAAAGCAUCAGCUCGCCCCUCGCCCGUGCUCCCGUGACACAGUCCACACCUCCCCAUUCCUCUCCCUCUCUACACUCUUCUCCAGGAUACCACGCCGACGACUCUGGCGACGAAGUGGAGCACAUGGUCGGUUUCCAAUCCACCCCGCCUUCGCUCCCGCUCAUCGACGACUACCUCCCCAUCCCCUUCCCCCACAAGCACACGAGCCAGUCCCCGCCAGGUGCGCCCGAUCCUAACAAGAUCACGGUGCUCGAGUGGAUUCGCGAGCAGCAGACCUACCUGCUGGAAGCCAUGAAAGAGCGCUUGGAGCAGCGCCUUGCGACCGUGCGCCAGCGCAACCUGCAAGAACGCAAACGCCUUGAAAAAGGACUCCGCUCGCAGUAG